AUGCUGUCGGGCGCCACGGGGCUGGUCACCGACAACCGCGGCAUGCGCAUGCCCAGUUGGGUCAUGGGCACGGCGCCGCACGUCGGCCAGCCCUGCCCGCCCAACCACCUGCUCGCCCACGCGCGGGAGAGAGAGCGGGCGGCGGCGACGGACGGCCAGCAAUGGGGCGGGACCGAGUUCAACGAAAUCGACGGAUACGGCAGCGAGCACAAGGUGGGAGGAUCUGAAUUCGGACAUGGAUUUGGACCGGGGUGCGAACCGGGAUUCGCACCGGGAUUCGGGCCGGAUGCGCUGCGGAGCCUGUCCCUGGCUCUGGGAGUGCGGGGGCUGGAGCUGAGCGUGUUGGUUCUGGACCACAACUUGGUCGGGGAUGAGGGGAUGAGCGCACUGGCGGCGGGGCUAAGAAGGUGCGCCUCGCUGAAACGGCUAAGCUUGGCGCACUGCGGCCUGAGGGAGCUCGCGCCAAAGUUGCUUGGACCCAUCGUGGCGGGGGAGGGCGCCCCUGGCGACGGCGAGCUGCGCCCCAAACUCGAGAGCCUGAACCUUCAAGGCAACCCCCUUGCCGCCCAAGGGCUGGUGAAUCUCUGCGAAG